CGAAACAUCAGACCUGGUUGUGAUUAACAACAAACGUCAUCUAAAGGGGGAGAUGUCUGUCACGUGGUGCUGUUAGCUUCCUGUUUACCGCCUGUUGUACUCUCAGAGUAUAGUACACAGAUUGCAACACAACUUUCCACUGCUGGGGUUUUCAUCCACUACAACAACAUAUGCAGCAUUAAGAUCAUGCAACCACAGGAUUGACUUCUGUAUAACUUUAAACCUUUUAUUGUCAUUGUCGUGGUUACCAAGGAGACGUGACUACGUGACAUUGAGGAAACGAGAGCAGGCCGGGAAGAAUCCUGGAAAUUUCCUGAUUACAGUUCACUGGAGUACGGUUAGCUGAUGCCGGCCAUCACUUCGGCUUAUGUCCGUAAUGCAAACAAAACAGUUGUGAUUUGGUUGAGGACAACAAAGGUCUGUCGGAUUUUGUGUCGGAUGAGUUUUCGAGGGUUUUUGGUCAGUGGAAACGAUCAGCUUACGUUUGGGAAGCUGAACUAGUCUAUAAACUAGUCCUGCUAACUCUGGUAGCAGGAGCUGCCGUCGUGUGAGUGGCUGGCUGUGCGGGCUAGCUAACGGCUUCUGUUUGGAGAGUGGAGCAGCUCGCCGGUGCCCUGAAUUCAGGAAGACUCCCCGGCUCCGGCCCCCUCAAGCGGGCAGUCAGGAAGAAGCUGGCUGGGAGGGGAUGGCCUGGUCGGUCUUCCCGAUCCCAAGGACAAGGCUCUGCGGUGUUUGAAGGUGGUCGAGUUCGGCUAGAGGCCACCGCCGCGGGUCGAGGCGCUAUGAUGGCCAGCUCUUUCUCCUCCGCGGCCGGGGGCUUCACGGCGUCCGGGCUGUCGGUCAGAAAGAGCGAGGAAAUAGCGGAUUUAAUAGAUUUGUUUUCCAAGACGCAAUACAGAGCAAAGGAAGUCAGUCCUCGGCUGGAGGUGAUAGAGAAGCGUUGUCUGGAGUUAUUUGCCAGAGAUUACAAGUACAGUGUCAUCCAUAAUUCCAAUGGAGAAGUAUGUGGACAUUACCCCCGGCAGAUAGUUUUCCUGGAGUAUGAAUGCACAGAUGUCGAGAGUGACAGGUUUGAGAGCACAGUACAGAUCAGUAAGCUGCAAGACCUCGUGAACCGCAGUAAGGUGGCUCGCUGCAGAGGGAGGUUUGUCUGUCCUGUCAUCCUCUACAAUGGCAAGCAUAUUUGCCGAUCGUCCACUCUGGCAGGCUGGGGGGAGUUGUAUGGACGAACAGGCUAUAACUACAUCUUCUCAGGAGGCAGUGAUGACACAUGGACAGAGUCAGAGGAGGUUCCAGAGGAUGACAGUUCAGUCAGGAAUGGGGACUCCCAGCUCUUCGACAAGGUUCGAGGCCACGACAUUAAGCUGCUACGUUACCUCUCGGUUCGCUACAUCUGUGACCUGAUGGUAGAGAACAAGAAGGUUAAGUUUGGCCUAAAUGUGACAUCCUCUGAGAAGGCGGACAAGGCCCAACGCUAUGCAGACUUCACCUUGCUCUCCGUGCCUUAUCCAGGGUGCGAGUUUUUUAAGGACUACAAAGACAGAGACUACACAGCCGAGGGUCUGGUGUUCAACUGGAAUCAGGACUAUGUGGAUGCUCCUUUGACAAUCCCUGUGUGCUUUACUCAGAACUUGAAUAUUGAUUGGAGUCAAUACCAGUCGUGGGACCUGGUAGAGCAGACCCAGAACUACCUGAAGCUGCUGCUCCACAUCAUCAACAAUGAUGAUGACAGUGGCCUCCUGGUGCACUGCAUAUCAGGCUGGGACCGGACACCUCUGUUUGUGUCUCUCCUCAGGCUCUCCCUGUGGGCAGAUGGUGCUGUGCAUGCCAGCCUGGAGCCAGCCGAGAUCCUGUAUCUGACCAUCACUUACGACUGGUUCCUUUUCGGUCACAUGCUGCCAGAUCGACUCUCCAAAGGGGAGGAGAUUUUCUUUUUUUGCUUCAAUUUUUUGAAGCACAUUGUCUCAGAGAAGUUCUCUGCUGUUAAGAAACAGAGACGGAAGAACUCUCAUUUCAAAGACAGUGAUUUCACUGUGGAAGACCUCUGCCAGUUAAAGUCAAGGGAUCGUGGCAGUGUGACCAGUCUGAGCAGUGACUUUUCCCUUAUUACUGAGGAGGUGGGGGGGGGCUCCAGCCUCACAAAUGACUCUGUGGACCUGUUCUCCAGCCAACCCCAGGCCUCCAGCUGGAGAAAAGGCACAACCUCCUCUCCUCAGCUGGUUGUUUGGAAUAAGCAGAACCCUCUCGAUGAACACCUCUCCCAUCCACUUAAUGAGGCCAGGUUUUCCAGCUCCUCAUCCUCCAGCCAAUCAGAACAUGCUGUCACACGCACUGGCAGCAGCCCACUGGCUGUCCCUGGGAGAAGGUUAGCAGCAGAGUACUCUCGGUCAGGUUCGUCCCUCUCUACAGAGUAUGGGAGUUGGCAGAUAGUUUCUGGUUGUGGCAGCAUCCAUGACCACACUCCCUUCCCCCCACCACUGGCAUCAGCCUCCUCCACCUUGUCUGCUGUCGCUGCUGCUUAUGAAUCCCCCCUGCCCUUCAGUUUUAAUGAUGAUGGACCCCGUGGACGAAUGUGUCCCUUCUCCUCUGAACGUCAGGCCCGUCUGGAGGCAGUGCGGGAAGUCUUCCUGGCAGCCUACAGCUCCACCGUGGGUCUCAAGUCCUCAGCGCCCAGCCCCUCUGGUGCUAUCUCCGGCCUGCUAGAGCAGUUUGCCCGUGGAGUUGGCCUCCGAGGCACCAACGCCAUUGUCUGAACCCUCUCAAUUGGACUUUGGACCCUCCUUCUGCUUCCAUCCAUCCACAGUUGAUUCAUCAUGUCUGGACUCUGUACAAUAAAGUGCCAAAUAUCUCUGUUCAAUUCAGGGGUGAAGCAUUCA